AUGGUCACCGGUACUAACAUGUCCUUUUUCCUUUCAGGUCACAACCUCAUUGGCAGGAUAUCCUGCCACUCAAGCUGAGCACCUGGCUGUAUCUCUCUUGUCAAGUCCCUCCCCCCAUGUCAUACAGGUAGUCCAACUCAUUUACCCAAACCACUUUCUCUUAGCUUCACAGCCUAAGAACGGCCCUUAGCUGUGGUAUGUUGACCAACAUAUACAGAACCUGGUGAACAGGAAGCUACAACAAUAAGUAAGGAUGACUAAUUAUGACUGACUGUUCACUUUCGCCUGGUCUUUAUUUAAAAGUAAGAUUUAUUUUAUUUUAUUAACCUUUAUUUUAUUAAUCUGCUUGGAUAAAUAAAGGUUAGAUGUAUCAAACAAAAAUAGCAAAUCAUAAUACGUUUUAUUUGUAGAGAGAAAUCUUUUUCCUGAAAUAAUUCAGUAACUAGGAUACAUCGGUUCAUUUUCCCCAGCCGUGUGUUUUGUGCUCUUGUCUUAUCACGUUCCUCACUUGUCAUCCCCAAGAAGAGAAACGAUCCAAAGUGAAGAAGCCGAAGUUUGAGUUCCCUGUUUAUGAGCCUUCCCUCACGGUCGCAGACAGUGCGUACUCACCAGUGUACGACCAGGGAACGUCCAUCGAGGAUAUCGAAGACCAGAUGGAUGACUGGCUCGAGGAUAAGACGUCUCAGAAGAAGAAGGUGGGUCCACAAUAUUUUCCCGCUGUGAAAAGGUUUGUUCCACGACAUUAGUUAAAGUUUUAUUUGCCAUUUGUAGGUAUAGUUUGACAGUUACCAGAGUUUGAUCUGUCUAAUAGAACCUAUUCUAGGAUCAAGUAAGGCAAAUUGCAUGAAUUUGAGGCAACAAGCGAGAUGGAAUCGAUUUUGGAUGGUCAUUAUUGUGUUAUGUUCACCAAAAAUCCCUCAAAUUCCUGCUUUUUUUCCCCCCAACAGUGAUUUGCGGAAAAAACAGAGAAUUUUGGGAACGUUUAUGGAAUUUUGCAGCCCUAGACCACCGUAAGCCACAAUGGCUUUGUCUUUGAUCUAGUCUUGUUUGUCGUUUCCUCAGGCACCGGAGAGGACAUCACUCUUCUGACAAGGAGUAGGGCCAAGUUCCCUGGGGGAACACCUGGACGCUGGGAGAAGAUCGCCCACGAACUAGGAAGAUCGGGUGACCAAUGUGAGUAUACAUUGGGAACGGGUGGUGCAUGGAAAACUCUGGACUCAGACGGAGGGAAUGUGGAUGUUUUGUCUGUCUUAGACAAAUAUAUGGCAAAAUUAACAUUUUGUGUUUAGAAAUGUAAUAGACUAGUAGCUUGCUCUCGUCUAAGAAAAAUUCCAAACAUUGUGAUCCUUUGCAGGUUACUGCAAAAGUCAAACAAGUUAAAGACGGUCAAACCAACACAUCAGUUUCUUUUUACUUUAACUUGUGGGACUUACUGCAAAGGACCACUUUAUUUUUCAGUUUUUGCCUUAUCAUGGCAAAUGUUUUAUUUAUUCUACAAUCAUGCAAAGUUUAAUAAGAGAUGAAAAUGUAAUACAGCUGAAUCCAUGAUAUUACUCCCAAUACUGAAGCACCAUUUGUAUUUAAAUGUCAUGUUUGAUGUCCAUGAGAAGACUAGGAUGAUGUUUGGAAUAUAGCCAUUCCAGUUCAAACUUGUUCGGAAAUGAGUGCUGUGUCAAGUAAUUUUAAUUGAUAGAUUAUAUUUGACAACUGCACCAUUGUUUUUGUUGGGUUAUAAAAAUGUCCCCUUUUGAAUUGAAUACUUUAUUAUCAGCAGAGAGACAGCAUCUAAAACUUGUACCUCUCUCUGAUGCGGGGCUGGUGAAGCUCUCGGCGCUCAAGGCCCAGGGCAGCAGCGCUCUCCCAGGAAAGGGCUCCAAAGCUGGGGCCGGAGCCGUACCUGACAGCCUCAUGACCCAGCGUGAAGACCCGCAACCCCAGCCUCCGGCAGCAGCCACGGCAGAGGGGAUGAAGAAGACUCCAGCAUCCAGCAGGUGGUGUCAGGAGGAGGCAAAAAGACUGGGGGCGGGGGACAGGGGACGAGGACAGAGGGACGAGGACCGAGGGACUUUGACCCCGCAGCUGAGGAGGACAGCGGGGAGGAGCAGAGUCCGCCCGCCUCCUCAGUCCCACAACUGUCCAAGGAGAAGGCCAUUUUUUUGUGUCCGCUUAUGUAUAAGGUUUCCUGAAGCAAUUUCGAUGAGUGUCAGCAAGUUAGCUGUAGGUAGGUAGAAUAACAUGGAAAUAACCAAACUUAAAUUCUCAUGAAUAGCUGAGAUGGUAAACAUGAUUUAAUUUUGGAUGGUGAUGGACCUAUAACCUUUUCCCCUACUCUUUUUCAGGAGGAGUGUAUGAUCCGUUUGGCUGAGCUGGUGCUGAAAAGGAAGCAGGCCAAGAGCUGA